AUGUAUGCUGUGACUAUUAGUGAUGAGGGUGACUGUUACCGGUGUUUCCCGCCCGAUCCGGGCAUUGAGACUGCUGCUCUAGGUACUGGUGAGGCUGCUGCCCUAGGUGCUUGCGAGGCUGCUGCUCUAGGUGCUAGUGCGUCUGAGUCCUCAGGUACUGGUGAGUCUGCACUCUCAGGUACUGCGUCAGCUUCGGCCUCCCUCACCUUCACCCUUGACUCUGGGGCUUCUCGCUCCUUCUUUCGAGACCGCACCACACUCACGCCGCUUGGUCGGUCGGUUGCGGUGUCUCUGGCUGACCCCUCUGGGGGUCCUGUCCUAGCUCACUUCUCCACAGUCCUCCCGUGUCCCGCGGCUACCUCUGGCAACCUGUCUUCUCUUUACCUCCCCUCGUUCUCGACGAACUUGGGGAUUGGUGCUGACCUACAGGAUGGGGGAGUGCACCAGUUCACUCCUGCGAGUCAGCGGGUGACGCACUGCACUGAGGCUUGGACAGGCCGACACUUGGCUACGUUUACACGUCAGCCGGGGUCGAGCCUGUACACACUGACCACUGCGUCUCCUCCAGUCACUGAGUCUGGUCGGGUAGCUGCGUCGGGUCAGGUGUUUGCUGCAGCGUCCAGGUCUGGUCCUGAGUCUGCCCCUUGUUCGUGUCGUCUCCUGUCUCACGAGACUCUCCUCUGGCACCACCGCCUUGGUCACCCCUCUCUGCUUCGUCUCAGAGGCAUGGCCUCCCGUUUCCUUGUUUCUGGUCUUCCCCGGUCCCUCCCUCCCCUUCCUCAGGGGUCUGGCCCUACCUGUGUCCCCUGUGUCGAGGCUCGGCAGCGCGCUGCCCCUGACUCCUCCCAGUUCCCUCCGACAGAGGCCCCGCUGCAGACGCUUCACAUGGACGUGUGGGGCCCAGCCCGCGUCCGUGGGCAGGGUCACGAGCGCUACUUCCUGCUGUUGGUUGACGACUACUCGCGUUACACCGCAGUCUUCCCCUUGCAGAGCAAGGGUGAUGUCAUUGAGGUGUUGAUCGACUGGAUCCGCGCAGCUCGUCUCCAGCUCAGGAGGAGCUUCGGCUCGGACUUUCCUGCUUUGCGUCUGCACUGUGACAGAGGUGGAGAGUUCUCCUCCGGCCUUCUGAGAACCUACUGUCGUGCACGAGGCAUCCGUGAGACCUUCACGCUUCCGGACUCUCCGCAGCAAAAUGGGAUUGCUGAGUGCUGCAUUGGCAUGGUCAUGGCGUUGCUCGGAUCUCGGGCGUUUGUCCGCGACUUGUCUGCGUACAAGCUGUCCCCUCGUGCUGCUCCUUGCGUCUUCCUGGGGUUCCCCCCUGACGCGCCCGGGUGGCAGUUCUACCACCCCACCUCGCACCGUGUUCUGUCCUCUCAGGAUGUCACAUUUGACGAGUCGGUCCCCUACUACCGCCUCUUCCCCUACCGCACUCCGUCCCUCCCCCCACCACCGCUCUUCCUUGUACCAGGUCCCCCCCCGGUAGACCCCCUCCCCCCUCAGGGUCCUACCCCUUCAGGUGUAUCCCAGGUAGACGCAGUCGAGCCUGUCAAGGUUACUGGUGACUCUGGUGCUGCUGAGGGUGCUGAGCCUGGGGGUGCUGACCCUGUGGGUGCUAAGACUGGGGGUGCUGAGCCUGGGGGUGCUGAGCCUGGGGGUGCUGAGAGUGGGGGUGUUGAGAAUGGGGGUGCUGGGCCUAGGGGUGCUGAGCCUGGGGGUGCUACGCCUGGGGGUGCUGAGCCUUGGGGUGCUGUGCCUGGGGGUGCUACACCUGGGGGUGCUGAGCUUGGAGGUGCUGAGCUUGGAGGUGCUACGCCUGGAGGUUCUCCGGGUGCUUCGUCUCGGCGCGAGCCACUCUCUCCACAGGAGCUACGCAAGUGGUUUGCCCAGCGCUGGAGCCGUGCUGCUGGAGCUAGAGCUGGAGCUAUUGAGGGUGUUGGCGCUGAGGCUACUGCUGGCGCUUGUGCUCCUGCUGGGGGUACUGGUGCUGUCCCUGCUGUGUCUGGCGUCGCCGCCCGGCCUCGACCGUACUUCGUUCCGCUCGUACAGCAGGUUAUUGGUCUUCCGCCUUCUGCUGGUCCUCCUCCUCCCUUAGAGUGUCCACAGCCUGUCCAGUCGCGGUCACAGUUACAGCCCGCCUCCCCCCUACCUGCUCCUUCUCCCUACACUGGUCCUACUGGAGGUCUUGCUGAGCGUCGUGAGCCUGCAUCUCGCCCUGCGUCGCCUGUCCGUGCUGCUCGCACUAGUGGUCGUGGUUCGCGUCAGCGUCCUCCUCCUGUCCCUGGCACGCACCGGAUGUCUUUGCGUCUAUCCACUGAUCCUGUGCGUGCCCCUUUGCCUUCUCCUCCUGAGUCCUCUCUUCCUGCUCUUGCGGACCCGGAGUCGGACUCUCUUCAUGCUGCCAGUCUUACUGUCUCACGUCUCCUUGCUACUGUCGACACUGACCCUUCGUUUGAGUCCACUGCUGCGUCUGCCCUAGUUGCUGAGCUCGUCGACUUUGCCGCUCGCUGUCACCUAGACUACGCUGCUAGUCUUAUCACUGAGUCUGAGUCUGUCUGUCCUCCGUCCGUCGAGGGUUCCCCCGCCUGGGGCGAAGAUCGUCAGUGGCAUGUGGAUCUUCAGGGUGAAGCGGCCGCCGGGUUCUCCGCCUGUCUUCAAGGCACGGUACGUGACUACUUCCAGAAUUUCUCUCCCACCCCGAAGAUGACCACUCUUCGGGUACUGCUGCACGUUGCUACUCACCGUGACUACGAGUUGCACUCUCUUGACUUGAGCACAGCUUUCUUGCAGGGCAGCCUGCACGAGGAGAUCUGGUUGCGUCGCCCACCUGGCUUCACUGGGUCGUUCCCUCCUGGUACCCAGUGGAGUCUCUGGCGCCCAGUCUAUGGUCUCCGCCAAGCGCCCCGCGAGUGGCACGACACACUGAGGACUACGCUUGCGGCUCUUGGGUUUGCUCCUUCUACUGCCGACCCGUCGCUGUUUCUGCACACCGACACCUCUCUGCCGCCGUUCUACAUCCUCGUGUACGUCGACGACUUGGUCUUUGCCACAGCUGACACUGCUGGACUCGCCUACGUGAAGUCCGAGCUGCAUAAGAGACACACGUGCACUGACCUGGGUGAACUGCGCAGCUACCUUGGCUUGCAGAUCACCCGGGACAGAGCACGCCACACCAUUACUCUGACUCAGUCACACAUGGUGCAGCAGGUCCUUCAGCGCUUCGGCUUCACGUACUCCUCGCCUAAGGCCACUCACUCUCAGCUCUGCCUUCGGAUGAGUCUGUAG